AUGCGCAUCUCACUCGGCUCCAGGCUUUCCUUUGAGGGCGGACUCUGCACAGUUCGCUAUAUUGGUGACGUCAAGGGGACGAAAGGACAGUGGCUGGGUGUAGAGUGGGAUGAUUCAACCAGGGGCAAACAUUCAGGAGAGCAUCAUGGGGUGAAAUAUUUUCAAUGCAAAAGCAAGCAUCCAACAGCGGGUUCUUUUAUACGCCCAACGAGACAGGCUGAUCGAAAUCUGAGUUUCUUACAAGCUGCCAAUGAGAAAUAUGUUUCAAAACUUGAGCCCAUGACUUCUGGUCAUGAAGAACUCCAAUCGUCCAAGCCGAUUGAGAUCAGCGGCAAAAUUGUUGAAGAAGUUGGUUUUGAAAAAAUUCGCCGGCUACUUGCAGAAUUGCAGGAGCUUCGAAUCGUUCUUCUUGAUGGCAUGCGUGUUUAUGGUGUGCUGGCCCGUGGGAAUCGUUUUGACGAAAUUGGCGAAAAUAUAACACUUGACGGUAUUUCCGAGUUAGCCCUGGACGAGACUCUUAUGGAAUGGAAGGAGGUCGCCGCUGUUUCGAAACAGUUUCCGUCGUUGCGGUCAUUAUCUGUCUCCGGAAAUGAAUUUACGUCGCUUCCAUGUCCAAUAUCAAGCACAAUCCAGGAGCUUAUACUGGAAUAUAAUGGCUUCGAGUCUAUCCAUUCCAUUCGGCAGUUAGCCUCCCUGUCCGAGCUGAAGAAGUUAUCCCUUCGCGGAAAUAUGAUUAACAGGAUUGGAUCUGACAAUCCACCAACGAUUCCAGAAAAAUCCAACAUCGUGUUUUCAUCUACUCUUACUUCCCUUGACAUAUCAUUUAAUAAAAUAAGCCACUGGUCAUUUAUCGACAUGCUUCCUAAGGUGUUCCCUGGCCUCGCUACUCUUCGAGUUUCCGAUAAUCCGCUAUACGACCAACCACCGGCUCCUUCCCACGUCACAAAUAUGCCCGAGUAUCCAAUGACUGUCGAUGAAGCAUACAUGCUCACUCUUGCCCACCUCCCUCGGCUCGAGACUUUAAACUACAGCAAAAUCACAGACCAGGAUCGCAAUAACGGCGAGCUAUACUACCUCUCCCUGAUCCGGAAAGAACUUGCUGCAUCGUCACAAAGUGAAGAAAACCGCAUCUUAGAAUUGCACCCGCGAUACGGAGAGUUAUGUGGUACGUAUGGAGAGGUCGAAAUAAAACGAGAAACAGAAAGCUCUGGAAGUGGAAUACACCCUCGAUCUCUUGCGGCUCGACUCGUCACCUUUAACUUCUACCUACCCGACCGUCAAAACCAAAAGCCCAUCUCUCAGAAACCAGACAGGACUGCUAGUGCUGAAUACAGUACAAAUAUUCCAAAAUCGUUCGAUGUCUACCGCAUCAAAGCUCUUGUCGCACGGCAUUUCUCACUUUACCCCCUCCGUUUCAAACUAGUGUGGGAAACAGACGAGUGGGAUCCGAUCGAGGAAUCCUGGGCUGAUGAUGAUGAAUGGGAUAGUAGUGAUGAAAUCGACGAACCUGGUCCACAACACGGUAGCUCAGCCUUGAAACACGAGGAUGGCAAGAAGCUCAUACGGCGUGAGGAGGAGCUAGUAAACUCAACGAGGGAGGUUGGGUUUUGGCUUACGGAUGAGACUCGACAAGUUAGGGUGCGGAUAGAGUCGUUCUAG